CAUUCGUAGUUCGCGGUAAUUUUGACAGUUGAAAACUAAAGCAAAAGACUGAAAGCAAAGGAAUUUUAAUUAUCCAGUAAUAGCACACUAUUUACAUAAAAUAUAGAAAACGGAGAUAAAUAAAACUGUAAUACAUCUAACCUUAGAUAAAGCUAAGCAUAUAAAAUGGGUUACAAUUUAUCCGAAGGAUCUCUUGAGAUAAUCAUGAAUGGCGGUAACUAUGACAAACCCGUCAUGCAAGUUUUGGGAAGUAAGAAAAUUCAAGGAAGUGGCGCUAACGAAAGGUUCAGACUACUUGUGUCUGAUGGCAAACACUCACAUAGCUUUGCCAUGCUCGCUACACAGCUUAAUGAUAAACUUAUAACAGGGGAAUUGUCAGACUACUCAGUUGUUCAGAUUGACCGGUUUGUCACAUCACUAUUGAAAAACACUGGAAAGGGAGAAAAACGAGUUAUGAUUAUCCUGGACAUAACAAUUAUCGCCCCUGGCUCAGAAGUGGGCCAGAAGCUUGGGAACCCAACAACCUGGUCAGAGGAGUCAGCUAAACCAGCUGCUGUACAAAGCCCUAUGAGACCUAUGCAGAAACCAGCUCCAGCACCGAGCAUGUCAACUAAUAUAACUCAGUCAAGUGCAGCAGGACUAAACAACAGCUUAUUGAAUACACAAAUGACUCAUCCUAUCAAUAGUCUGAGUCCUUAUCAGAAUAAGUGGGUAAUAAAAGCUCGUGUUAUGAGUAAAUCUGCCAUUCGCACUUGGAGCAAUGCAAAGGGUGAAGGGAAAUUAUUCAGUAUGGACCUUUGUGAUGAAACUGGGGAGAUUAGAGCUACAGCCUUCCGGAAUGAAGUUGAUAAAUUCUAUGAUAUGAUUCAGGUUGAUAAGGUAUAUUAUAUAAGCAAGUGCCAAUUGAAGACAGCAAACAAACAGUACACUUCUCUCAAGAAUGAUUACGAAAUGACAUUCAAUUCAGACACAGUGGUUGCAGAAUGUACAGAGGGCUCGUCGUCUGUUCCAUCAGUUAAAUAUGAUUUCACACCAAUCAAUGAGAUUGCUAACAAGAGUCCUGAUACACUACUAGAUUUAAUCGGAGUAUGCAAAUCAGCAGCUGACAUGCAAGAGUUGACUGCCCGAAACACUGGCAAGCAAUUGAAAAAGAGAGAAGUGACAUUAGUUGAUUCUUCCGGUGGUGCGGUUGUUUUAACACUAUGGGGCAAUGAAGCAGAAACCUUUGACGGCAGUUCAAACCCUGUGGUUGCCGCUAAAGGGGCUCGCCUCACAGAAUUCAACGGAAGUAAAUCCCUGUCGUGUCUCGCGAGUACAAUGUUGCGAUACAACCCAGAUCUGCCUGAAGCUCACAAGCUGAGAGGCUGGUACGAUAAUGGUGGCGCUAAUAUGGAUAUUGUCAAUAUAUCAGCCAGAGCGGGCGGUUACUCCGGAGGCAGCAGUGAAUGGAUAACAUUCUCUGAAGCAGAAGCGAAACAACUAGGCUCUGGUAGUAAAGGCGACUAUUUCAGUCUACUCGGUGUUCUAACAUUCACGUUCGCAGACAAUGCGGUGUACAAGGCUUGUCCACAAGAACAGUGUAAUAAGAAACUGGUUGAUCAAGAGAAUGGACAGUAUAGAUGUGAGAAGUGCAAUAGAGAAUACCCUAAUUACAAGUAUCGGCUGCUCUUGGGGGCAAACGUGUCAGAUCCAACGGGCGAUCAACGUAUAACAGCGUUUAACGAAACCGCUGAAGCAAUGCUCGGAAAAACUUCCGCGGAAAUCGGACAGAUGUUUGAGUACAAUAAGAGUGGGUAUGCGCGGCUCUUCGAAGAUGUCAAGUUUAAAACUUUCGUCUUCAAAUUCCGAACAAAAAUGGAAGUUUACAGUGAUGAAGCUCGUCUGAAGACAAUAGUGAUGAACGCGCAGCCCGUGGACUACAAGGACGCGAACGCGAGACUCGUGCGCAGUAUCACGGCGCUAUGCAAUGUUGGCAUUUAAUUAUAAACCUUAAUAUUUAAGGAUAAGGCCUCGUAUUCAAGGCACAAAUCUGCUUAGCAACUAAACUACAAGUUAAUUAUUAUUAAUGUCGCUGGAAAGUUUGUUUUAAUGCUGACCGCUCCAACGCUGCAUUAAAGUCUGAAAAUAUUUAUUUGAUUGAUUGUUUGAUUCAAUUUUAUUGCUAAAUGCAAAUGAUUAUCGUGAAUACGGGGCUUUAAACGUCUUCUCGUCGAAUCUAAUGAAGCCAAUGAAUGUAUCUGAUUAUCAAUAAAAAAGCAGAGAAAUGUGAUUCUCUUAUAAAAGGAGGAGAAUUCAAUUCAGUUCAUCUUAAAAUUCAAUAUAAAUAUGUUCAGGUCUAUUAAAAAUUCUAGACCUAC